ACAAUGCGCACGAUGAGUGAGCCCAGCGAAUCCGGCGAUCCCACGCCUCCCAAGACCACGGACCACCAAAAAGAUCCUCCCCAAAAAGAGGCAGUAGCUGAUUUCGAGACAGCCAUCGAUGCAGCUGGCUUUGGAAUGUUCAACAUCCUGCUGCUGGUGGCCGCCAUUCCCGCGGCCAUGAGCGCCGUCUACGAGACCUCCACCAUGUCCUUCAUCCUGCCCAGCGCCGAGUGUGAUCUGCAGCUGAGCCUGCUGGACAAGGGCAUCCUCAAUGCCAUUACCUACGCGGGCAUGAUCAGCUCGGCGGUCUUGUGGGGCUACUUGUCCGAUACCAAGGGCAGGAGGAACAUCCUGAUUGUGGGCUAUGCCGCCGAUACGAUUUGCGUGCUGGGAGGAGCCUUCAGCCAAAACAGGAUCCAGUUGAUUGUUUUUAAGUACCUUGGGGGCUUCUGCAUGAGUGGCCCCUUUGCCGUUCUUAUGACCUAUCUGACGGAACUCCAUGGACGGAAGCAUCGACAGCGCAUCAUGAUGUUGGUGGGCACCAUGUUCUCCAUUGCAACGCUCACGCUGCCGGGACUGGCCAUGCUGAUUUUGCCCGAAACGUGGUACAUCCGUAUCUGGACAUUGUCGUUGACUUCCUGGCAGUUCUUCGUCGCCAUCACCGCACUUCCCAGUCUCCUGGGCUUUGUGCUUUUCUUUUUCUUCCCGGAGAGUCCCAAGUUCCUCAUGUCCAAGGGGCGCAAUCAGGAAGCGCUGGAUGCCUUCAAGUUCAUGUAUCACCUGAACUCGCGAAAGCCCAAGGACUCGUUUCCAAUCAAAGUGCUGGCCAACGAAGUAAUCGUUCCGGUGAAAAAGCACGCCAAGAAGGAAACUAUUCCCACUGAGGUGAAGCUUCCGACGGACUGCGAUGAUCCGCAGCAGGAUCCGGAGAGUCAGGGUCACUCCAAAAAGAGCUCCCUGCGUUCGGGCUUAACGCAGCUUCGUCCGCUGUUCACCAAGCCCUACUUGGCCCUUUCCCUUUGGGUCUACCUCCUGAACUUCUGCGUGCUCCUGGGACAAAACACCAUGCGACUGUGGCUGCCACAACUCUUUGCCUCCAUCAACGAGUACGAGAACUUGUUCAGCGGACAAUCCCAAUCGACGAGCAUCUGCAACAUCUUGGAGUACAGCGUUAAUCGCACCCAAAGCCAACUGGAGGCAGUUACCCAGAACGAUCCCUUGGUCGAGUGCCACGUGAAUAUAACACCCUCCACCUAUACCAACAAUCUGAUUGUGGCCGGUGCGGGCUUUGUGGCAUAUAUGCUGGCUGGGUUCCUGGUGAAUUUAGUUGGCGUCAAGCUGAUAAUGACCAGUGGACUCUUCAUAGCUGCCUGCUGCUCCAUUGGCAUGUACUGGUCCAGCUCAGCGGCAUCCACGGUCGCUCUUGCUUCGUUUUUUGUGACCAUGGGCAGCAUAUCGGCCACUUCGGUGAUCAGCGCCUCAGUCAACCUCUUUCCCACCUCGCUCAGGACGAUGAUUGUCUCGCUGGAAAUGAUGGUCGGCCGUCUGGGCUCUCUGUUGGGCAACAUCUUCUUUCCGGCUCUGAUGGGCCUGGGCUGUGUGCCACCGUUCCUCAUGAUCGGUUUGUUCAUGCUGGCUGGAUGCAUUAUGGCUGCAUUCCUGCCGCUGAAGAACAAGGCUGCUCUUAAGUGAGCUCCUGGACCGCCUGACUGGACCGCCAGAGGAUUCCAACUCGGUUCCGUUCCACCGCUGUACAUAGUGUAUUUAACUUAUUUCUUAGUUUAGUCGUCUGUUUACCCUCUUGCAGGAGUUACAAUAUUUGCAGCAACAGAAACCUUCAUUUUCAACUCAGAUAAUCAAUGCAAUCUGCAAGGGGUUUCAAAUCGAGUUACGUUUCCUGCUAUUUUCCAUUUUCCAUUUCCCUAUUUUCUAUUUUCUAUUUUUUUUGUUUUUUUUUCUCGUUUUGUUAGUCGUGCGCUUCUUCUUGGGUUUAAUUAAAAGUUAAUUUAUUUUAGAUUGCAAGUUCCUAGGUUUAAGCAAUUUGUAUGCAAUUUCGUUUCACUUGUCAAUUACAUGAAUUCCCCUCCAUCGAUUUCCAUAAACCGCUGUCACUUAUCAAUGCAUCCUUGAGUCGGGACGAGGACUUCUCUUUUCCGUUUGGUUAGGUUCGGUUCGGUUCCGAUGUCCUGCCACUGGCGUUGGAAGUGACUGGCCAAGAACUCAGGCAAGUGCAGCAGGCGGGGAUCGGUGGAAUUGGCAGCCAGGACUUACCACGUUUACCAGUAUAACAUUGUGGCACUCCAGCCAGGACAAAUUGAGUUGCGUCGAAGGACUCGGAAGUGCGGAGGAGUGUGGCUGGAGUAUUCCUACUUCCUCGACGACGAAGGAAGCCUCCGUUCGCAUACAAGCCCAUGCAUUGUUAUUGAUUAAAAUCAUUCAAAUCACAAAACAAAUCGCUUCCAUCGCACAUUCCAAUCUUAGCACUUAGCACUAGGAAAUUUGAAGCAAAUCCCCAGUUUAUGGAAACAAGAUUUGAUAAAUAAAAUGCAUUUUCUGCCCCUGC